UAUCAAUCUAUUGCAGGUCAAGAGGUAACAGACCAAUGGUACAGUGAAAUAAAAUUCUUUAACUUCGGCACUGAGCCCAGGAACCUUUCAGCAGGACAUUUUACACAAGUUAUCUGGAGAGGAAGCAGGGAAAUUGGAGUCGGAAGAGCAUGUUCGAAAGAUGGGAAAAUUAUUGUCGUCGCGAACUACAGACCUGCUGGUAACGUUGUCGGAAGGUUUACAGACAACGUCCCAGCCCCAGUCACAGGUGUUCAGAGAAGACCAUAUGGACUGACAGAACCCAACUUCAAAAGGGAAUCGAGUCCAUUGGCGUGUAAUUCAAAGGCAACAACUUUUGAUAAAUAUAGAAGUGGAAGAAUGGAAUCAAAAUCUACAAGAACUUUUACUGAAACUACUGGAAGUGGGGCCAACAAAAUCACUAAGACUAUAGUGGAAGAAACUAUCAUCAAAGCAGAUGGUUCCAAAGUCACCAAUCGAAAAGAAACCAUUACACACGGAGAAAAGGGUGGAGCUAGUUCUUCAGGACCAUUAAUGUUAGAGAGAGGCAGGGAAAAGGAGAAAGACAGUAAAAAGGAUAAAGGAAGUGGUAUGCUAGGGUUUUUCAAAGGCAAGGAUAAGAAGAGAGAUUCGUCCAGUUCCAGUUCAGGGUCAUCGCAGGAGAGGGCCAAGAAACCACAGUCUAUUAAAGAGUUUAUUGAUGAAUGUGUCAAGGUUCAUAACAAGUACAGAAAGAAACAUGGAGUUUCAAGUCUCACUCAUGCAAAGGAUCUUAGUGCAUUUGCUCAGAAGUGGGCGGAACAUUUAGCCGCCACCAAUUCCUUUCAACAUAGCGACUGCAUGCACAAAGGAGAACGGCUGGGGGAAAAUAUCGCUUGUAAAUGGUCCUCCUCAGGGGGAGAUUACUCAGGAAAAGAAGCUUGUGACCAGUGGUACAGCGAAAUAAGUAAACAUGACUUCAACAAUGAACCAAGAUCCCUCGGGUCAGGUCAUUUUACACAAAUGAUAUGGAAAGGAAGUAAAGAAAUAGGGGUUGGAAAAGCCAAAACUUCGGGAGGAAAAGUCAUUGUUGUGGCGAGUUACAGACCAGCUGGAAAUCUCGUGGGAUCAUUUAAGGAAAAUGUCCCUCCACCAAAAUAGUUGAUGUAUAAAUACCUGUUAGACAGUCAAUUUCUAUAUGUCAAUUUCAUUAUGUACAUAAAAUCAUAUACUAGUACCAAUAAAUUUUUAACAUUCCGUUUAACCAAUAAUAGAAAAAUUGUUGUAUGUUUUUAUUCCGACAAUGUGAAAAAAGUGUUGGACAUUUAAAAAUUACAUAUAUAAUAAAAUCUUUGUUUUAAAUCACUUCUUAUUUAGGACAAAAAAUCAACACGAAGCUACAAAACAAUAUGCAAACAAUUUGUAAAUGAGAUACAGUACUGCACUUAUGUAACAUGUAACACUACUAAAUAUGUACAUCAACAUCAACAGAUAUGAAUUGUUAGAAUACAGGACUGAAGUGAUUUGAAAAAAUGAUACUGUUAAAUUCUGUUGAUUGGCUGUACAGUGGAUUAAGUAAACGUAUGAUCGUUCAUUUUCCAAGCAUCCCAGGUUGUAAAAGAAGUUGGUGUUCGAAAUCCUGAAAAAUUUAAGAAUAAAAAUAAUUUUU